GGUAACCCUCGCAAGGGAGAAGUGACUAGCCAGGUGCCAGGUGGGUCUGCGGCCUGAGUCUCCAGCUCUCUGUUCACAUUCUGCCUGCUUCCUUGAUGCUUCCAGCUCCUUAAAUGCUUUCUGUCAGAGACCAGGGGGCACUCUAGGCCUGGCUUCCCAGCAUGCGGAAUCCAGGAGCACUCCUACCUCCUAACCCCUGCCCCAGCUGCCCUCUGGAUGGUCAUGGAAGGCCUGAGGAGGUGAUGUUUGAGCUGAGAUUUGAGAGAAUGUGCCCAGAGAUGAUCCAGGAAAGAACAUCCCAUGGAGAGGUGGGAGUGAACUUGGUGCAUCUGAGAACAGAAAGGCCAGUGUGGUUCCGCGAUGUGGGAAGGGAGUGGAAACGUGGGAAACACAGUCAGCAUUUCCUUUUUUUUUUCUUGAGACGGAGUUUCGCUCUUGUUGUCCAGGCUAGAGUGCAAUGGCGCGGUCUUGGCUCACCACAACCUCUGCCUCCUGGGUUCAAGUGAUUCUCUUGCCUCAGCCUCCGGAGUAGCUGGGAUUACAGGCAUGCACCACCACACCCGGCUAAUUUUGUAUUUUUAGUAGAGACGGGGUUUCUCCACAUUGGUCAGGCUGGUCUCGAGCUCCCGAUCUCAGGUGAUCCGCCCGCCUCGGCCUCCCAAAGUGCUGAGAUUACAGGCAUAAGCACAACUCAGGAGGCCCUGGAACUCAUCUUGAGCCACUCAAGAAAGGGCAGGAGGGGUCCUCUCCUUUCCUGCCUUUCCCAAGCUGAAGGACUGCACACUUGUCAGGCUUCCAAGGCAGGAGCUUCGGCAGCAGGAACAGGGUUGCAAGGUAGUCAGUCUGGGUGUCUGUCGUCCUGGGUUGGGGCAUCUGGGAACUGGGGCAAGGCCUCCAGGCCCUAGUGCCAGACAGCAGUUUGGUGGCAUUGCCUGUUCUUUAAAAUGGGUUAGGUGUAGCCAUGAGCACCCCCAUGCAGCGGAUGUGCAGGCGGCUCCCUCAGUCACAACACCCUCACCCACCCCUCCCCACUUGAAGCAGGCCCUUGAGAACACUGCUGGAAGGGAGGCGGCUGCUCUCCCUCCUAAGGGAAAAGCCUGCAGCCCAGUGCUGCUGGGCCGUGGGGUGAGGGGGAAGCCAAAGGGCCCCCAUCACCCCUCAGCAGGAAUCUCUCCUGGCUUUGGAAGGGGCUGAAGGCCCGGGGCUCUCACGAGGGAACUCAGUCCUGCUCAGCCGAUCAGGACUCCUCCUCCACGUCCAGAUCCACAGACCAAACAAAGGACAUGGCUCAGUUCCACCUUCUAUCCACAGGGAUUCUGCCUGUUAGCACGCUAAGGAAGCUGUUUCUUACUUUAAAUUAUCCAUUAAUUUCCUCCAGCUGAAAAAUACUCUAAAAUUUUUCUGUUGUUGGAGGGUUUAAGCUUGGUCCCUCUGAGUGGGUGGGCGCUGCUGUGUCGGCCCGUUGUGUCUGCUCGUGGAAGUUGUGCCAUGUGCCACGGUGUGCCAUGUGCAGCGGACAUGCCUGUGCGUCUCGCCUGGCGCUGGAAACGCUGCUAUCUGUGUACUAAGCGAGUACUGGAUCCCCAGGGCCUAUCUUGCCCACUGCCUGUGGGAAGCCCACAGUCUACACAAAGUGCAUUCAAGUAAGCAAGUCUCCCUGCCCCCCCGGCCUCACAGAACCUUUGUGCCUGGAGGGCAGGUGGGGGAGGGCGUUCCUGAAAGGAGGCCGGUUUCCCUCUGCGGGGAGGAAACCCCAUUUCCCUCCUACCCCUAGGCGCUUAACUACAUCUGGCCCGGCAUCAGACAGGAAAGAACCCUUUCUUCCCAGCUUGUAGGAAGUCUGAGCUGGGCCCCUUAUCUACCCACAGCACUUCCUGGACCGGGGGCCUGGACCGGGCUCCGAAGGGGCUGGCUCCCGGUCUUGGUCUUGGCCUCGGCGCCCUCCUUUCUCUGCGCUUUGGGCAGGGGAAGCUGCGGACAGCAAGGUCUCGGCUUUCGUGAGAGCCUGGUGGAACCGGUGUUCCCCGCCGGCUACUCUGCGGGGGCGGCGCGUUUGCCUCAGCAUGGAGGGCGGGGCCGCGGCAUCCACCCCCGCAGCGCUGCCUUACUACGUGGCCUUCUCCCAGCUGCUGGGCCUGACCUUGGUGGCCAUGACUGGCGCGUGGCUCGGGCUGUACCGAGGCGGCAUUGCCUGGGAGAGCGACCUGCAGUUCAACGCGCACCCCCUCUGCAUGGUCAUAGGCCUGAUCUUCCUGCAGGGAGAUGCCCUGCUGGUUUACCGUGUCUUCAGGAACGAAGCUAAACGCACCACCAAGGUCCUGCACGGGCUGCUGCACAUCUUUGCGCUCGUCAUCGCCCUGGUUGGCUUGGUGGCGGUGUUCGACUACCACAGGAAGGAGGGCUACGCUGACCUGUACAGCCUACACAGCUGGUGCGGGAUCCUUGUCUUUGUCCUGUACUUUGUGCAGUGGCUGGUGGGCUUCAGCUUCUUCCUGUUCCCUGGAGCUUCGUUCUCCCUGCGGAGCCGCUACCGCCCACAGCACAUCUUCUUUGGUGCUACCAUCUUCCUCCUUUCCGUGGGCACCGCCCUGCUGGGCCUGAAGGAGGCACUGCUGUUCAAACUCAGGGACAAGUAUAGCGCGUUUGAGCCCGAGGGUGUCCUGGCCAAUGUGCUGGGCCUGCUGCUGGCCUGCUUCGGUGGGGCGGUGCUCUACAUCUUGACCCGGGCCGACUGGAAGCGGCCUUCCCAGGCAGAAGAGCAGGCCCUCUCCAUGGACUUCAAGACGCUGACGGAGGGAGACAGCCCCGGCUCCCAGUGAUGCGCCCGUCCGGCCCUGGGGGUUCGCGGGGUGUCUUCUUGCCCGCCCCUGCUGAGGCGUCUUCAGGACUGCAGGCUCUGGAAAGUGGCUCUGGCAGCAGGCGGGCGCGUGGGUGCAGCUGCAUCUAUUUGAGUGCUGCUUUCUGGGGUCAGGUCUCCGCCUCCUCUGCUUCUCCUUUCUCCGCUGCUAUAGACCAGUUCAUUGUGUGUAGCUCCCGUGUCUCUGUUGCCCCCUUCAGUGCAGAAGGCUUUGGGUAGGACUUCGGGUGUUCAGUCCUGGUCGCAGAGCACAGAUCUUUAAAGAAGCGAGAGAGGAGGCCCCACCCUCCCAGCAGCAGAUGCCUGGGGCAAGGCCAGGGGAAACUGGGGGGGCCUCAGGGACAGGCCUGGAAAGGCCACGAUGGCUGCUGAAUUCAAACAAGGAGUCCCUCCAGCCCGAAUAACACGUGGCACAAAUGGGCCCGGCCUUUGGCAGAGGAGCAAGUGAUACGAUGUGUAAAGUAUGUUGGUGGUGAGAGCAAGGUUCCCCAGGAGAGGGGAGGGACUGGCCCCUGGGAAGCUCUGAGAUGAGGCUGUGGCCCAGCUGUAGUCCUGACCUUCCUCUUCUUUAACCCUUUAGCCCUAGGACGGCUUUGGUGGGAGAGGGGAUAGAAGCCCAUGAUUUCAGACAGACUGUCUUGGCAGAUGCAGGCGGGCCUCCUCCCAGGCUGCUCUAGACAUGGGGGUUGGGGAUGGGGGGCACCUUGCAGCCCCUUCCUGCUGGGGCUCCCUCCUUGUAGCACCCCCCUUGCGGCUCAGCUCUGGUUUCCUCUCCCAGGCUCACCCAGGCUCUGCUCAGGCUGGGAGGCAGAGGGCACAAACCUUAGAAUUUUUUAAAUGAAAAACCGUCUCUGCUGGCUGUGGCUGGAGCCCCCCGGGGCUGCCGGAGCUGCUGCCUCUGUUCUGGAGGACAAGCCUUCUCCUUAUCUGGUGCCCAUCUUUCCAGGAAGUCAGGACAGAGUCAGAACUAGAGUCAUCCCCCGUGGUGUCUGCACAUCACUCCAGCCCCAUAAAGAGUGUCAUGUUAGCUGAGUCACCAUUUGGCUUUGGCCUGGAAAUAGUGUGAUUAGAACACUGAUCGUAUGCGAGGCCAGGAGAUCGAGACCAUCCUAACACAGUGAAACCCCGUCUCUACUAAAAAUACAAAAAAAUUAGCCAGGCGUGGUGGCGGGCGCCUGUAGUCCCAGCUACUUGGGAGGCUGAGGCAGGAGAAUGGUGUGAACCCGGGAGACGGCGCUUGCAGUGAGCUGAGAUCGUGCUACUGCACUCCAGCCUGGGCGACAGGCUCAAAAAAGAAAAAAAAAAGAACAUUGAUCAUGUGCUUCUUGGAUCUGGUGACUGUUCUCUCCCUGUUUUCCUUGUUUUUGGGGGUUUGAGGAGCAUGGCUUAGCUUGAGACAGACACAGACACAGUGUACUUCAGUGAAGGGCUUAAUACACAAUUUCCAAACCUGACGACUCUUCUUGUAAUGGCUGCCCUUUUCCUGCCUGAGGCCAUCUUAGAGAAAGGGGCCAGUCUUCUCUAAUGCUCAGAUUUCCCAUAGUUGGCUUUUGCUGUGGCUCUUGCCUCAGGCAGUGUCAUUUCUGGGAGCAGGUGGUUGUAGUCCAGGCCCCUCCCCAGCAGGGUCUGCCCAGGCUCCUUCGAGCCCCUUUCCCUGCCCCCUCUCAGCCUGUCCGGAUGACAGUGUUCACCUCCUGUUUAGACUGUACACUCUUCAGGGGUAGGGGUGCCAUCAGUUCUUCAAUCAGCUGGCACACACUUGUAUAGUGAAAUGUUUACCUGUGGGAAAACUCCGCCUUAGACAAACUACCAAAGUACAAUCGUGUCUCUCCCUAGCCGGAAUGCUACAGAGAGAAAUGGAACCUUAGAUUUGCAACAAAAGUCUGUAAACUGGUCUGUUUGCCAAAGUGAACACUGGAUGACUAAGGAGCUGAAGAAGGCCCCCAGAAGCAGAUUUGUGGUGGGUUAUUUUAUUUUGCCUGUGGCCGACCUUCUGUGAAAUACAAUGUGCUGUUGUUGGUGCAACAGAUGAUUCAAUAAAUGUCUACAGCAGA